AUGUGGUCCAAGAAACCGUUAUUCCGACUGUCGCUGUAUGCUUUACAAAGGCCGCUGAACCUGGCUUGUUGCUCUAAAGAGGCAUGCGAAACGUUGGGUGUCUCAAGGUCAAUUACCGCUAUAAAUUCAAUUACUAGGGAGCGGUCUAAAAUCAAAAAAAUUUUUACAUUAUGCGACGCAAUUGAUAACAGGAUCUUAGGAAUGCCCUAUGUUUCGAAGACUGUCUUUCCGUUGCCAAAGGAAGCCAUCGAGGGGCUGAAAAACGUACUUGUAACGUGUCAACGAAGUCCUAAGCAACUGCAGCAUGAAGCCGACCAGCUGAGUAAGCAGUUAGAACAAAGGAAGUUCCCUGCGCCUCGUGAUGUGGUGGAAAAAAUUCGUGCAAAAGUGAAGGAAAAGUUAACGGAUGAAGAAUCUUUAAAGCACGACGAAAGAUUUGGCCAACAAUUAGACCAAGCAAAAACCUACGCUUUUAACAGGGAGAUUGCAAAGCAACUACGGCGAUCUUUCUUUAGCUGGAAACCGUUGGUUUUUGAAAACCGUGAAAGCGUUGCGGUCUAUUUUUUAGCAAGGUUACAUGCCAAUUACGCGGAAGUUAUGAAGGUACUGCAAGAACUCCGACAGGUUAAAUUUGUUCCAAAAAGCAUUCUCGAUUUUGGUAGUGGCACAUGCAGCGUUUUUUGGGCUGCUAAUGAACUCUGGGGAGAUAAAGUGGAAGAAUACAAUUGUAUCGAUCCAUGUGAUGAAAUGAACAAGUUUUCAAUGGAUGUUAUGAGGGUAGAUUAUUUUUUGCUCUGGAGGUGUUCACGGUUUUUCGGAUUUAAGGCACUUACAGGAGCUAGACUUUUUGUAUUUCAGGGAUCUGACAAUAAUGGCAAUCGUGUCUUUAUUCAUCCAAACGUAAAUUUUCGCCGAUAUUUACGUCCAUCCCCUAGCCAGAAAUAUGAUUUAGUCGUUGCACAUAGGGUUUUUGUUGAACUCCUUUCGCACGACUCUCGAACAGAGUUUCUUACUGCACUUUGGGAGCGUACUAACAGAUAUCUUGCUAUCAUAGAUUCGAACUCAGAAACUGCUUUUGAUGCUCUAUCAUAUCUGCGUGAUUUUAUUGUUGAGGGAAGUUAUGAAGUUAAUGUCGAUGAGGUGAAGCAGUUGCUUACUUCUAACGGUAUUUUGAAUGAGGAAAUACAGUCGAUAAUUGGUGAUAAAAUGAUUUCGGAAUUGGAACGUUACAGUCUGCUUCGAGAAAAGGCCAGUCUCCCAGCAAAAAUUUUGAAAACUUGGUUUGGAAAAAUACCAUCUGAAAUCCAAAUACCAACGCGUUUGGAACCUGGUUUUACGUUUGCUCCUUGCCCACACGACCAAGGUUGCCCAAAAAUGGUUUUGGAGCAUAAAAGUUGUAAAUUUCCUGUCAGAUGGCCAGAGUUGCGAGCUGAUGGAAAACCAUUGAAGAGUGCUGAUGGAAUUACGUCAAACAGUUUUUCAUAUUUUAUCUUUGAAAAAGGUUACAGACAACCUGAAGUGAAUUGCCCACGAAUUUUAAAGGUACAGAGCACAAGAAGUAGUGGACGCGUUUUCUUUAAAAUGUGCACUUCCUUUAAUGGUUUGCUAGAAGUCGUUGUUACCAAAAAGAACACUGAUCUGUACAGGAAGUCAAAGAAUUUAAAUGCUGGCGAUUUGGCCUCUUUUAAGAUCGACACAGUUGCUUCCGAGUCUGACUACGAUCUGUUCAAGGAGUCGGUGGAGCGGUACCAAAGGUCUAAGGUUCACGGAUGA